UGGGCUCCCUUUGUGUCUCGCAUAGAUUAUGAGGUUGCAAAGUGGGCAAAACUUCGCAGUUCUGGCUCAACCGCUUUUUCAGAGCUGCUUGCAGUUGAAGGGAUUCAUGAUGCCUUAGGUCUUUCAUAUCAGAACACCCGUGAACUCAAUCAAAUUAUCGACCAACACUUACCAUGCAGACGACCUCAUUUCAAACAUGAAGAAAUCAUUGUCACAGAUGAGGCUUUUGAUGUGUACUCUCGCAAUGUCAUGGAGUGCGUCAAAGCCCUUUAUUCAGAUCCAGAAUUCUCGCAACAUCUCAACUAUGCUCCCAAAUGCCAUUAUGUUGAUGCCGACAAAACUAUCUGA